GACGCUGCCUCACCCGGAACUCUGGCGCGUGGUGCGUGAUUGAUUGUUUACAGCUCAGACACAGUAUAAAAAGUGAAGAAGAUUGUCUUUUAAACUGCAUUUAGAGGACAGUAAUCAUAUUAAUAUUUCCGUUUUUAGGCUUCGGGCAAACUUUAAAUACACAGAAGGGGCUGUCUGCUGAUGAUAGGUCGUGGGAACCUGAUUAAAUAUUUGAAUAGGCGUUGUUGUUGUUUAGUUAGGCUAUAUAUGUAACAAGACUAUCGGCAUCAUCUCGACAGAAUGAGAGAAACAGCUAUUUUCAUUCUGUUUACUGGAUUAAUCAAUAUAGCAAGAGCUGACAGUACCGACUGUCAAGCACUGAAUUUCGGUUAUGGUUCGGUUGUGUGCGCGUGCAAUGCGACAAACUGCGACUCGGUGGGUCGGGUUGUGUUGCCAGAUCCCGGUCAGUUCUUGUCAUAUGUCAGCAGUAAAACUGGCAGCAGACUCGUGAGGAGUCAAGGCCAGUUCCAGAAAAACAGCACAGGUGCAGCUCUCAGAAUCACUCUGAAUCCCAGUCAGAAGUACCAGCGCAUUAAAGGAUUUGGGGGAGCCAUGACAGAUGCGGCAGCUAUGAAUAUUCUGUCUCUGUCCUCUGGAGCUCAGGACCAGCUGCUCAGACAGUACUUCUCCCCAGAUGGUAUUGAGUACCGUUUCGUGAGAGUGCCAGUGGCCAGUUGUGAUUUUUCAACUCGCCUUUACACAUACGCUGACACUCCAGGGGACUACGAUCUCCAGAACUUCACCCUGGCCAAAGAGGAUAUUCACAUGAAGAUUCCCCUGUUGCAGCGGGCACAGGCUCUCUCUGCGCAGCCUCUCAAUCUGUUUGCCAGUGCCUGGAGCGCCCCUGCCUGGCUGAAGACCAAUGGCGCACUGACUGGGAAGGGCUCACUCAAAGGCAAGCCUGGAGGCAAAGAGCACAAGACCUGGGCUCAGUACUACAUUAGAUUUCUAGAGGAGUAUGGGAAAUAUAAUCUUUCAUUCUGGGGGUUGACGUCAGGGAAUGAGCCCACUGCAGGCCAAGUGACAAAUUACAGUUUUCAGGCUUUGGGUUUUACUCCAGAGACACAGCGUGACUGGAUUGCCCUGGAUUUGGGUCCAGCACUCCAUUCCUCAUCCUUUCCCAAGACCCGCCUUAUAAUCCUCGAUGACAAUCGACUUCUGCUUCCACACUGGGCCAAAGUGGUUCUGAGUGACGUGCAAGCAGCACGUUAUAUACACGGCAUUGGUGUUCACUGGUACCUGGACCGUCUUGCACCACCUGACAUCACCCUGUCAACCACACACCACCUCUACCCAGAGUACUUCCUGUUUGCAACUGAGGCGUGUUCUGGAUGGAAAUCGGGGGAUCGUGGUGUGCGUCUGGGCAGCUGGGACAGAGCAGAGGACUAUGCACAUGACAUCAUACAGGACAUGAAUAACUAUGUGACCGGUUGGACAGACUGGAACUUGGCCCUUAAUCAGCAUGGAGGGCCAAAUUGGGUUAAGAACUUUGUGGACAGCCCCAUUAUUGUGGACCCAAGCAAAGAUGUCUUCUACAAGCAGCCCACCUUCUACAGCAUGGCCCACUUCAGCAAGUUCGUUUUGGAGGAGUCACAGAGAGUGGGCGUAUCCUUCAGUCAACACACUGGCCUGGAAAUAUCUGCCUAUAUCAGACCUGAUUCCUCAGCAGUGUUCAUCAUUCUCAACAGGUCUGAAGAGGAGGUGCAGUUUGAAGUUUGGGAUCAAACUCUGGGCUUUUUACCAGGAAGUGCUUCACCUCACUCCAUCCUCACACUACAGUGGAGCAGACGUUGACUGGCUGGGUCAAUAACCCACAUAUAUGCACCUUAAAGGGUUAGUUCACCCAAAAAUGAAAAUUAAGUCAUUAAUUACUCACCCCCAUGCUGUAC